AUGUCUUGGUUGGGUCGAUUUCAAUGGACGGAAGGAAUCAAGAACACGGCCUGCAGGUACCUUUUGCAGAGGUACCUCGGCCAGUUCCUGGAGGAGAAACUCACCCUGGACCAGCUGACAGUGAAUCUUUGCAAUGGCACUGGCUCUGUGACGAACGUCAAACUCGAUGUCCAGGCUCUCAACGAAAUGGGCCAACAGCAUCAACUGCCUCUGCAGUUUAUCGACGGCUCAGUCGAAGAAAUGUCCAUUAGCAUUCCCUGGUUAUCAUUAUUAACCGAACCCAGUUUUGUAGAAAUCAAAGGCCUCAGGUUAACAGUUCAACCUCGAAAAAGGGAAGACACCGGUACCUCCAUGUUCGAAUCCAUGUUGAGUUCAAUGAAUUCCAGCAUGCAACUCGCCCAAGAAUGUUUACAGGAAGACGCUAAAGAUGCCGGAAACUCACAACCACUCGAAAGUGUCGAACUCUUCGCACAAACCAUAGACUCGAUUCUCUGUAAAAUCAAAGUCCGAUUUCUCGACACUGUGAUUCGAUUGGAACACAUGCCGUUGGGAUCGACGACAGGAGUCGCUUUGGAAUUGAGAAUAAAAAAUCUCGAGUAUUCGGACGAGGCUGGAUCGGAUCCGAAUAACGUAAACUUGGAUCUGAAUCAGCAAUCGAAAGGAUACGUGAUUCCUGCUUUCAUGACGAAGAAAUUCUAUAUGGAGGGAGUCACCAUUUUCACGGACGAAUUUCCCUCGAAGGCGAGAACGUCUUCAAGGAGUCGAUGCUCCACUCCCGACUCUGAUGCGCAAUACUCCUCGCCACAAAUAUCGCCGAAUCAAAGCGUCGACAAUGAGGAUGAUAACUAUCUGAACAAUUCACCAGUUGGCGCGAGAAAUCCGAUAUUGUUCGCAAAAAUUUCCGGAAGGCAGGAACUGGGAUUGAAGGUAAAACAGGGAGAGGUGUCUGGGCCAAAGGUGGAAUUGGAGGUGAUUCUGGGAUCUUUUACAUCAUUUUUAAGUCCAAGACAAAUUCACAUUUUGCUCGAAUUAGCCGACGGUCUGGCAUCUCCGGACUUGGAAGAUGUGAGCAAUGUGGCUUCAAGAAAUUGCAUGGAAAAGCCAAUGGUCAAUAGUGACUUUCAUCGCGUUGAACGCGAACUUAUGCAGAAGAUUCAACCUCUACAAGGACUUCGCUCUAUGGACCUAAGACACACUCAAGGCUGGUCGACAUCAACCACCCACGAAUCAGACAACGAGGAUGAGUUCCUGCCAAUACGAACCCCCGGUGCAACUUCCAUGUGCGAUUCCCUCACGAGUAACAACAUUAGCAUGGACGAAAGUAUAACAGCCUCAAGCAUAAGUUCAAAAAGUUCAGUAACAAAUCUGCCCAGACAUCACAAAUACAGACACAGUAUAGACACCGAUCCAUCAGCCGAAACCUCGCAAUUUCAUAUCAGAAUAUCCUCGAUCGCGAUGGUUCUCCUCCACGAGGACAUUCUCACCCUUUGCACCGAAGGUAUCGGCCUGACGAGUGCAAGCACCAAACAAAUGGAAACAACUGCCGAGAAUUUCUUCAAGAAAUUGGAAAUCUUCUCCUCGGGUGGCUACGGAAACAAGGACUUUGAAAAAGCCUCGAGACUCUUUCUGGAGGCUUGUCAACUGAGUCAUAUCAGAGUUCUCGCGGCGCCUUUGGUAAUCGAGGCUAGUGAAAAAACGACAGCUCAAUAUUCCGCGAUUUCCGGUAGCCUGAGUCUAGCCAGUUUAGAAGUUGUCGAGUGUUUAGUGGACACUGGCGGUUCGAAUUCUCAAGGAACGCCGGCCGCUGAAUUUAUCGAAUUGCUCACUUUUCCGAAGGAGGGGAGCAGCCUUGGAUUCUCGAAUGCGACUGAUUUUCGCAUGCGAUUUAAAUAUACGGAGAAGGCGGUCAGACAUGCACAGAUCACGAAAUUUGCACAGCCACGGACAGAAAUUGACAUACAGUUAGAACCAUGUAGGAGUGAAAUUGACGUCACAAUAGUAGAUAGAAUUUCUGCUGUUUUAAAUCCACUACCAAUUUGUACUUGUAAUUCGAAUGCUUCUGCGCGGGAUGCAUUGAAUCAGCAAUCUCUAUUCUAUCAAGCUGUCGAGAGUCCAACCUUGCCAGAAUCUAGAACGGAUAUUAAAAUAUUGUCGCCGAAAUGCGUCGUAAAACUCAGGUUUCCAAUACCAGAUAUGAGGCCUCUGCACGAUAUGAAUCGCGUUCCCUGGUGGAAGCGAUCCGUGCGUCCAGACUACGUAACUUUUAAACUAAUAGACACCAAGAUCCAUUCGUCAAUGGAAAGUCAAUCCCAUCAUCUGGCAAGGCACGAAAUUCAGUGCCGUCGUUUGCUCCUGACAUACACCGAGGCUGAUUCGGAUGUUCCCGUCGAAAUUGGAAAAGCCUCAGCGGACGAAAAAUCAGAUGGAUCUCUUCAACCGGACAAUGAGGGCUUUGGUUGGCCCAGAAUCGUUAUCACAGUUUAUCCAAAGCAUCUCGGAGGACCUCUCGAAGAUAGUUCCGAAGGAGAGCCAGAAUCGAGUUUGGAUGACACCCUUGAAAAUUUGGAAAACGCCGCGAGACAUGAGCCCUCCCCUUUUAGCUCGAAAAGAAUUAUUCACGAAUCUGAUACUCCUCAUGCUAGGUCUCAAAAUCAGGGAGAAAGAACCGAUCCCGAGAACAGGGAAGGCGAGGAGCUUAUAAUCCCAGGAAAUCGGAAAGAAAUGCUCGAAUUUAUCGAGGAAGGAAUUCACGGAUCGAGAAUUCAAUUGGAAAUCGGCCUCCCUUGUACUUCACUCCAAAUUCCGUCAAAACGUUUAUACGAGUUGCUGUACAACCGAUUUAACACGGAUCUCUUUUUAUGGGAGCCUUCUGCUCCCAGGCCAAUAUACGCAACCGCCGAAAGUCACAUGGGACUUGAUUUCUCCUCAAAUCUUCUACAGGAAUCAAUCUACCCGAGAUUCAGCAUGUGCAAAAGUGGAAUUCAGUACGAUUCAGACUCGGAUUCCUUCGACGACGAGGGAAUAUUUUACUCGACACAGGAAAAAAUGCACAAAGCAAAACCAAGCCGAGUUUCGAAAAGCGGACAGUCUAAACUCGCAUUGACCCUGAAUAUAAACCACGGCCUGCUGAGCAUGUAUACUCCGGUGAGAGAUUCUCUGCGAAAUGUGAUUCCUGGUCAACAGGGCGAGCUGAUUUUGAGACUCGGGGAUGCGACCCUUUUUUCCGUGACUGCAUAUAAGGGUGAUAUUAACCUCGGAUAUAUUUGCGCGAUGAUCAAAAACUUGUCCUUAAAUCAUUGUGGGUUGACGACAACGCCUUCUCAAUCGCCGCCUUUGAGGUCCAUCAACAGCAUCACUCCGAGGCAUUGUCAAGCGGCGAUUUACAGAACUGAACCCGGAGCCAAUAUCACUCUUAAAUCGACGGAAAAGGACAUGCUCACACUUGCUAUUCGCAUCCAGGCUGCACACCAAACUCACAAAAUUAAGACUUUUAGGGUAGCAGUUGGAAUUAGAAAUGCGACUUUGAGGCACAGGAUGUGCACCUCUCAAACUUCCUGGUUUACACAAUUGACUGAUUGUUUAGACGUCAGUGAUCAUCCGAUUGCUGGAUAUUCACCACCAGGAGUUCUUACGGAAUUGCAUCUUCAUCUCUGGGAUUGUGCAAUAGACUAUAGGCCAAUUCAUCUUCCCCUGAGGUCGAUAGUGACGCUCGGAAGUUUCAGCAUUUCGAGCAACAUCGCAGCUCAAACAAACACAUCUACCCUUCGUUUUAUUGCCGAAGAUCUCGCCCUAUUUAUAUCGGAGAAGCUCGGAAAAAAUGUGGAUUUGCGACGAGACUACGUCUGCGUUAUGAAUCUCGGACUGUUCGAAUUGUCGCUCCGACUGAACGAAAAAAUGUGUGGAGGAGCUCCCAGAGUCGAUCUAAGAGCGAGCAAUAAUUGUCUGUAUGUAAGGACUUGCGCCGAUUCUGGUCGAGCCUUGAUGGAACUUCUCACAUAUUUUGCGAGCGAUGGUGACAUCGCAACGAAUAUUGAUAACAGCGACACCAUUUCGGUGCCAGGGUCCGGAGACGAGGAAAUUUUAGUCGGGGAUGAGAGCAUCAACAGUUUGAGCAAAAGUCAAGUCGAGUGGGUCAAUAAUUUAAUGGAAGAAGCGAUGGAAGAUACUGUGAAAGGAACGGCGGUGAAUUCAAGUAAAAAGUCGCCGGAAGCGGAAAAACAAGUAGAGGAAUUUUUCUUCCCAGACGAGUCGAAUCCUUCCUUGCAAACAGAAUCUUCUCCAGAAGCCUCGAAGACUUCAGCGAACCAGGAAGUACAUUUGGAAGAAGAAGAAGAAGAAGAAGAAGAUGAUCCGGACGAGGAUUUUUGCAUUCUUGGAGAGGAAGCGGGAGUGGGAAUUUUGCCAAUACAUGGAGUUCCCGAAAUUCGAUGGCUGUGUCAUGAACCAUUUCGCAUUAUAGAAAAUCAUUUUCCAAUUCCACUAGGGAAAACGGACCUUCUCAAGGCACCGAAACACUUUCCCGAUCCUGUUUUGAGGUACACACUGCGUGAAAUGAAUCUGCAAUGGCAGUGGUUUGGAGGAAGAGAUUUUGGAGGCUCGCAAUAUACUAUGAAGAAACGUGUGACGAUUGAUGAAGCGGGUCAACGAUUUAAUGCAAUGAAUCAAGGAAGAAGUCGUUCGGUGAUCGGUGGUGUCGGAUUCAGCAAAUCAUCGCCAAACGAGGUUCGAUUCGGCAGCGUUCCAAAUUCACCCCGAGCUCGUACCCGCGAUUCUCCAUCGGACUGGUACAGCCUCGGUGGUCCCGGACGGAACAAUAAACUCCUGAUGGAACUCCAGUUGCACAAAAUCCGCUUCCAGCACGAAGUCUAUCCCGAAGACACGUCUCAAGCCUCUCGGCAAAUUCUCCUCGUGAACGAGAUCGAGAUCAAAGAUCGUCUCGAUUCCUCCAACAUCAACAAGUUUCUUUAUCAGUACAGCAGUGAGGGAACACCGAGACAAUCUCACGCGAAUAUGUUCGAGCUGAAGGCUGUUCACAUUCGUCCGGAUCCAAAACAGCCUGGCCAGGAAGUCUGUCUGAAGAUCAGCGCUCUGCCUCUGCAGCUCAACAUCGAUCAGGACAGUUUGCACUUUUUGAUAGACUUCUUCACGGAAUUGAGCGACGGCUCGAGGCAGAGUCCGGGCCAGGAGAGUCUGAACGCGAGCAAUAGUGUGCAAUCGAGUCCGGGAUCGAAGCAGGGAACGCCGACUCAUCAUCCUCCGGUUAUGAGUGUCAAUGAUUCGGAUUCGAGCUCGAGAACGAUGGAUUCGUCGCAGGGAAGCGAUGUCGUGGAUCAGAAUUUGCUGAUUUUGUUGGAGGAUGAGUUGAGGAUUAAAGAGAGCAAGAAGAAUACGAGGGCUGUCAGCGAAACGCAGGACGAUAGCCAGCCUUUGUAUUUUAGGAGUGUGGUUUUUUCGCCGGCGGUUAACGUGAAGGUGGAUUAUCAAGGAAAACAUGUGGAUUUCAGUCGCGGACCCCUCGUGGGGAUCCUGCUGGGAUUAACCCAUUUGAACAAAUCGGAAUUAAGACUGAAAGAAUUGUCCUAUCGGCAUGGCUUGCUCGGCUUGGACAAACUAAUUACGUACCUGCUUCAGGAAUGGAUCCAAGAUAUUAAGGAUAAUCAACUGAAGGGCCUUCUGGUGGGUGUCGGGCCUAUGCACUCUCUAGUUCAACUUUUCCAGGGAAUUCGCGAUCUUUUCUGGAUGCCAAUCGAGCAGUACCAAAAAGACGGAAGGAUAGUGCGAGGUUUGCAGCGAGGAGCCAACAGUUUCACUACUUCCACGGCGAUGGCUGCGCUCGAAUUAACUUCUAGACUUGUUCAGGCAAUUCAGAGCACAGCGGAAACGGCCUACGAUAUGGUCAGUCCUGGUCCCAGUGUGAGGCGGAAAUCCCGAGGACAAAAGGGACGCAGAAAGAGAUACAAUCAGCCCUCGGAUAUUCGCGAAGGAAUGACGAAUGCCUAUAUGCUAGUUAAGGAGGGUCUGGGAGAGACCGCGAACCAAUUGGUGCGGGUCGCAAGUGAGGAACACGAGCACAAGGGAGUGUCUGGCGCCGUUGGAGGAGUUUUAAGACAAAUUCCCCCAACAGUCGUGAAACCUAUAAUCCUCGCGACAGAAGCCACCAGCAAUGUCUUAGGCGGAAUUCAAUCGCAAUUGGUGCCGGACGCGAGGAGAGAGGCCGUCCAAAAGUGGCGACAGGAUUCCGCGGAUGUAAAUUAAAGCAAAAGUCAAAGAAAUAGAGUGAGAGUGUGAAAGGUAUUUAAAAAAGAAAGCAAGAAAAACUAUCAAAGUUGAACAGUUUUUCAAGACCGGCGAAUUCAGGUCAAGAUAUGUGUUUUUGUAAAUUAUGAAAUUUUAAAUUUAAACGGCCUCCUGUGCUUUUGCCCCGAAUGGUAAUGGUGCAAGACUUUUUUCAUUUUUGUUUUUUUGUUUUUUAAAGAUUAAUCUUUUUGCUCGCCACGUUGAUAUCUGCGAGAAGAUGCUUCCUUUCGUUCCAAUCGAAACGAGUUGUUGUGUAUAAAAGAUGAGAAGAGUGUUGAAUAGAUAUAUAAAUUAAGCAAGUUAUACGGCUGAAUUUUGACUGAAAGAUUUACCGGAGAUAUACAUAUAUAAAUAUAAUUUUUAACGCAUACUACUGAUAACAAAAAUCGCUUGUAUGUGUUUUUGUUUUAACGAUAUGUAAUAGUGUUUUCUACCCAUGAUGAUGACUUAUAUUAUCAAAGACUUUUAUUAAUAAAAUCGUGGACAAAUA